GGUGCCUGAAACACCAAUUCCUGGGAAAGAAUGAUCACAUCCGGCUGUAAGGCCAACUGUGUCCGGUAACAAAACAAACAGCUGACGGCUGCUUACACGAAUUAAUGCUAGUGUGAUUCCAUAUUUCCCCGGAUGCCCAGUCCCUCCUGAACCACAGACUGCCCUCUCGGCUGACACUUCCUCCACCAUGACCGCUGCUGUGAGAGGCCCCGCGGGUGUGCCUAUCCGAGGAGCUGGCGAUGGCAUGGAAACCGCAAAACCGCCCACCGCCAUUCUGGAGGUAAAUACAGAUACGCCGCCGCUGCUGACGGGUCCACCCGCGGUUUCCCUCCUGAAGGUGGCGAGCCCUAAACGCAGCCCCAAAUCCACCCAGCCCGCUCCCCCUGCAGCCCCCCAGCCCCUCGGGGUGCUCUACCUGGGCAAGGUGAGUCGAGAGGCCUGCACAGAGGUGGAGGCUGUGAGGAUCCUCAUCCCCCGCUCUGCUAUUAGCCGGCACACCCGUGCAGGACCCGCUGAGGGCAAAGGGGAGGCUGGGCAGCAGGGCCAGGGCUCUCCCCCGCUGCCUCUGGUGGAGGACUGGAGAGGACAGAUGGAGAAGCUGCAGAACUCUGAACGCCGGCUGUUGCAGGACAAGGAAGGCCUUUCCAAUCAGCUCCGUGUGCAGACCGAGGUAAACCGUGAGCUAAAGAAACUGCUGGUGGCAUCGGUGGGUGACGACCUUCAGUACCACUUUGAGCGACUGUCACGGGAGAAGAACCACCUGAUCCUGGAGAAUGAGGCCCUAGGCCGGAGUCUGGCCCACACGGCAGAGCAGCUGGAGCGAAUGAGUAUCCAGUGUGACGUUUGGAGGAGCAAGUUCCUGGCGAGCAGAGUGAUGGCAGAGGAGUUGACGAGUGCCAGAGCUGCUCUGCAGAGGCAGACCAGAGAGGCACAAGGCGCAAUUCAAGACCUGCUGUUGGAGAGAGAAGAGUUCUCCAGCGACAUGGUGCUCACUCACAGAUCUCUGGAGCAGCUCCUCGUUUCUCUGCAGUGGGGCAGACAGCAGACGUACUACCCCAGUGCACAGCCCCUGAGCACAGGAGAGCUGGCAGCAGCCAAUCACAAGCUAGCCGACGCCAUCAACGCCCAUCUGUUGGGAAACACCAGCAGUAGCAUCAGCGUGGUGAAGAGCAGCACUGCCACACCUGAGCUGCUCUGCAGCACUCCGGCUGAGAAGAUGGCUGAAAAGGUGCUGAAGAUUUUAGAUCCAAUUUCCUGUUCGGAAAACCAAGAAGACCCUCCGCUCACUGACUCCACCCCCUCGAGCUUUCUGAGCAAUAAGAGCAUCGGCAGGUUUCACCCAUACACCCGCUACGAGAACAUUACUUUUAACUGCUGCGAGCGCUGCUCAGGGGACAUCCUGGUGCUGUAGGGGUCCAAGGGGCCAGCCAAGCGGCCAAUGAGUGAUAUCUGAACAGGAGUGUACUCAGGAGAUAUCUGCUGCUGUGUGCUACGGGACUUCAUCGGUCAGCAACUAAAGUUGGCUACUCCAGCCGACACCAUUUGUAGUAGCAGUCCUUUGCUGCACACUGAUUGUUGGAUUUCCACCGUUUCUGAUGUUUUAAAAUUGUAGCAACUUGAUGUUUAUGCUGCUCUUUAAUAUGGAGAAGAAAAAAAAGCUCAUAAGAAAAUGGAUUGGAGAAAUAAUGCAAACGGUUAUGUAUUGUUGAGAUGUGAGGUCAGUGUUACACGAUGAACAGACGGUUAGGCCUUUCUGCUUAUUUAUUUAUACUUGAACAUUAGACUAGUGUUCAAUUUCAGUAAUAAUUUCAUGAGUAAUGUGCUGUCAACAGAGCGAAUAGGCUGUAAUCCAGACGCGCGAGGAAGUUACAAAGGGGCUAAUGCGCUAACUGAACUGUCACGAUGCCUCGCAUACAGCAGGGGUCGCCCAGAUGUUUCAGUAUGAUGGUGCUGUCAUAUUUCAAAAAUAUUGUAUUGAUAUUUUGCCUGUAAAAGCAGUGUUGUAUACAUUGAAUAUCUGGAGGGGUUUGAUGGUACUACCAUAUUUAUUAUAC